GUUUUCAAAAACGAAGUGUCAUUUCCUCGUUUGAUAAACGGAACGCAAAUUCAUGCGAAAAGUCACGUAGGCCACCGCGCGCGUGUUUAUAUUUUGAUUUAAUAUUAUAAUAACCUGUGCAAUAAUGUGUAUUGCAUUUAUAGACUUUUGAAUAGCAUAAUGCGAUUGUAGUGUCUCAAUAUGGAAGAUUUUGGAUUAAACCCAGGCGUAGUUGUAGUGCGCGCUAAGCCAGAAGGUCAGAGAAAGACUUUCAAACCCAAUAUUCGGGCUGUAAAUAAAAUUCCACCCGAAUUACUCAAUGACCCUUUGUUAAAUAGAGCGUGUGAAGCUCUCCCACAGAAUUACAAUUUUGAAAUACACAAAACAAUAUGGAGAAUACGGUCUUUGGGUUCAAAACGAGUGGCUCUGCAGUUACCUGAAGGUCUGACAAUGUUUGCGACUACGUUAUGUGAUAUUAUAGAGGCAUUCACUGAAGCUGACACAGUUAUAAUGGGCGACGUGACUUAUGGAGCCUGCUGCAUCGACGACUUCACCGCCAUCGCGCUCGGCGUCGACCUACUCGUACAUUACGGACACUCCUGCCUAAUACCCAUAGACCAGACUUGUGACAUCAAGGUACUCUACAUAUUCGUUGACAUUAAGAUAGAUCCGUCACAUUUUGUGGAAACUGUUAAACUAAACUUUCCAAAAGAAACUCAUUUAGCUUUAGUUAGUACAAUACAAUUUGUAACCACAUUGCAUUCUGUGGCUAAGAUUCUAAGGAGUGAGGAAUAUACAGUCACUGUUCCACAAUGUAAGCCUCUGUCCCCUGGAGAGAUCCUUGGAUGCACUUCUCCUAAGUUAAAUUCAGAUGUAGUCAUAUACCUAGGUGAUGGUAGAUUUCACUUAGAAUCUAUAAUGAUAGCUAAUCCUAAGGUAGCAGCAUAUAAGUAUGACCCCUAUGACAAGAAGUUUACUUCAGAGUUAUAUGAGCAUGAGACAAUGCAGGCUAACAGACAGAACCAGAUUAAAAUUGCUGAAGAAGCAGAUAACUUUGGCCUAAUAUUAGGAACACUAGGAAGACAAGGAAGUACAAAAGUGUUAAGCAAUUUAGAAAAGCAAAUCACUAAUUCUGACAAAUCAUAUGUAAAGAUACUUUUAUCUGAGAUUUUUCCUAGUAAAUUAGCCUUAUUUGGGCUUGAUGCCUUUGUUCAGGUUGCUUGCCCAAGGCUUUCUAUAGAUUGGGGAACUGCUUUCCCAAAGCCUUUACUGACUCCUUAUGAGUUUUCUGUAUCAUUAGGUAAUAGUAAAUGGUUGAAGGAUGAUGGUACAUAUCCAAUGGAUUUCUAUUCAAAUGACAGUCUAGGGCCCUGGACACCUAAUUAUAAGCCAGUGCUCUGUUCAGAUGGUGACAAGAAAUGUGAUAACUGUUGUGGAGGGAAAGAUAAGUAGUGGUACUUACUGGCACAUUUUGGGGGAUGACAGCUGCUGUCUCACGAGCUUGUUGGAAAACUUGCGAGUCCAUGAACUUUGAAGGGAAAGUCUCAGCAAAGUUCUGUAUGGGCACAUUCUUGGUGUCCUUACUGCAAAACAAGAAUAAAACUAGAUUAAAAUGUACUUUAAAUGUAUGUUGUAUUGUGAAAGAAUGUUUUAUUAUUUAAAAGAGUCAUAAUAAGUUAUAAUUGAUAAUGGCUAUCAAUAUUAGAUAACAAAUAACUACAUCUGAUUGUACCUACUUUUUAAUAUUAUUUGUACUUUUUGGCAAUUUUUUUAGCUAGAUAAUAUAUAAUGCUUUUAUAGGCUUACCAGGCAGCAUUAAACUACUUUUUAGAUAAAUUACAGAUGACAUGAUACAAUGACAUUAUUAAACUUGGAAAACACCAAUUCUUGUUAUUAAUGCAAAUUAAAUCUUAAUGUUAUCUUUUACAUCAUCAUCAUCAUCCUCCGAGCCUUUUCCCAAACUAUGUUGGGGUCGGCUUCCAGUCUAACCGGAUUCAGCUGAGUACUAGUGCUUUUCAAGAAGCGACUGCCUAUCUGACCUCCUCAACCCAGUUACCCGGGCGACCCGAUACCCCUUGGUUAGACUGGUGUCAGACUUACAGGUUUCUGACUACCCGUAACGACUGCCAAGGAUGUUCAAUGACAGCCGGGACCUACAGUUUAACGUGCCAUCCGAAACACAGUCACCGGUGUCUAAUAUAUACUUAGAAAGUACAUACAAACUUAGAAAAGUUGCAUUGGUACUUGCCUGACCUGGAAUCGAACCCGCGCCCUCACACUCGAGAGGUUGGUUCUUUGUCCACUAGGCCAACUUUUAAUUUUAAUGUUAACUUUUACAUAAGUAAAUAUUUAUUUAUACAGAUAAUGAUAAAGUUCAAGUUUGUGAUAUUUGUACAAUGAGAAUUGUAUAUUUAUAAUAUUUUUAAUUUAAUUUCUACUUACCGAUGCAUCAAUGCUACUGAGUAACAAUAGUUGAACAGCUGUGGGUUCAGGUUGCCUCUGGCAAACACACAUGUUGACAGGAAAUCUUGCAACUGAUUUUCAGGAACACCUAACAAGCAAAUAUUAAUAAUUAGCUGCUAUUUUAAUAAACAUUUUAAUACAAA